CUUGUGCUUUGUUCCCCUCGUGCCUGAUGAUCUACAUCUUAUGGUGCUGUAACGCUUCUAUUGAUGUUUGGGAAAACCAGGAGAAUUGAGCUGGACGGCAAUGGCGGGGCAAGGUUUACCUUCAGAAGUGCUGAACGCUGAGCGCGUCCAGGCAUUUGAAGACUGGCUAAAAAGCAGCAAAAUCAAUCUAAGACAAGUGAACGGUCAAAGAAAAUACGGAGGACCACCUGAAGUGUGGGUUGGUCCCGUCCCAGGACCUCACUGUGAGAUCUUCAUCAGCCAGAUCCCACGGGACACCUAUGAGGACAUUCUGAUCCCUCUCUUCAGCUCGGUGGGGCCCCUGUGGGAGUUCCGGCUAAUGAUGAAUUUCAGCGGUCAGAACAGGGGCUUUGCCUAUGCGAAAUACAGCACAGCAGCCGUAGCAGCUAACGCCAUCCGCCUGCUGCACGGCUACAAGCUGGAGCCUGGCUGCCACCUCAGCGUCCGCCGCAGCACCGAGAAGAGGCAUCUUUGUAUCGAAGACCUGCCGGUCGCCACCCAGCAGGAGGGCCUGCUGCAGGUGCUGCGGAACAUGACCGGAGGAGUGGAGAGAGUUUCUUUAAAAACAGGACCUGGUGUGGUUGGGGUGUCAGCCAUCGUGGAAUACUCGUCCCACCAUGCUGCAUCGAUGGCAAAGAAGGUUCUGUUGGAAGAGUUCAAGAAGUCGUUUUCAUUGGAGGUGUCCAUCAGGUGGAUGUCAAUGGAGAAGACAUACCCAGAAAAGCAGCAGGGUCUGCAGAACAGUCGACAGAACCUGCUGCCUCGAGUGUUCUCCCAGGCCUCAGCCCUGCCUCUGUCUGUGUGUCCCCCUCCCCCGGGGUUCAGCAGAGUGGUGGGAGGACCUGCAGCCCUCCGAACCCUCCACCCUCCUCCUUCCAGCCACUUUUGGAGUUUCUGAUGCUCUUGCAGAAAAUGUGUGAAGAACUUGGUUUGACCUUCUGUUGGGACACGUUUCGUUUUUUUACAGCCAAAGUUUUUAAUAGUUUGUAUGUAGUUUAGUGUGCAUGUUUUGGUUUUAUAAUAGGUUUGGAGUUCCUCAUUUU